AUGCUGUCUUUCAACUUUUUUGUGGUCCUGGUGAUCUGUUUUCUCUCCCAGUACUCUCGGUAUACCAAGGCUUCCUUAUACCCAACUAAGCCAAUCUCGAGCACGACAUACACAGCCGGCCAGCCUGCAGAAGUCACCUGGAUUGAGGACGGCCGGAAACCGUUCCUGAACACCACCAUUGGUUUUAAAAUCGAUCUUUAUGCGGGAAAUAAGACGUAUAUCGCCACACUCUCCAAAGACGCGGACCCCCGCUCGCUCUUUACUACAGUCUACAUACCUAUGUCUGUGCCCGCCAAUUUCCACCAUUUCAACCUUCGUUUUAUAACAACUCAACCUCCUCAAAUCAUUUACACUGCCGAUUUUAACAUCCUUGCCAACCCUUACGUUGCCCCUCCAUCCCCCACAUCGCGCAAUGCCGUGUCUAGUUCCAAGCCUGUCAGCAUCAUAACCGUCACCAGCACUGUAAUCUCACGAAUUUCUGGUUCUCAAUCUGGUGUGUUGCCGUCAAGCACGAGCAAAUCGUCGAAGGGUGUGCCGCGGAUGGUGCGGGCGCUAAAAGGGCGGAGGCUUCGUACUGCUCACGGUUACAGUGAAAGAAGCUUUUAUUUCGAUUUAGAGAUGAUCAAGUUUCGACUGGUGUUUAUGGUGUGGCCUGCGAUUGUUGGGUUCUCGAUGGCGUUCUGA